AUGCAAGCAGGUGCCAACCGCACACCGGACCGCAGCCCAGCCCGAACGCCUACACAAAUUCCAACCAGAACACCAAGCCGCAGUCCGGCAAGAUCUGAUUCAUCUUCCGCUCCGAGCAUUGAGGUGCACUCACCAGACGACGAAGACAGAACGCCAACCAGACGACGAACACAGACACAAUCCCCACCGCAUACUACACGACUGCCAGCACCAACGUUCUUCGAGCGACUCCCAAGGCAAUCCGUGUAUACGUCCUCGAAUCCAAGCUACACACAGCCGCUGUCACCAACCCAGAGCAGACACUCAAGAGCUGCUAUCACGCCUCCUGCACCGAACCGACAGAGCCGACCAACCACCGCUGUUGACACAAGAGACAUAUCUCCAUCGCCAACACCAGCCCAGCAAGAGACAGCAAGAGCAUUAGUCGAGAUGGCAGGCUUCGCAGACCUGCGCGACAUGAAGAGGUUUAAAGGGACACCCGAGGAUGAUGCGAGGAGAUGGCUCAGCCUAUUUGAUCGGCAGAAUCAGAUCGCACAGGCAACUCCAGCGCGAUGGCUGAAGGACUUCGACAUGAUGAUGGACUUAGCAGCUGCAGACUGGUCAAACGAUGAGUUGCAGGAGUACGUGGAAUCGGACACCAUCACGGAGGCGACGGUUGAGACUGUGAGGAACCUCCUUCUGCAGAAAUUCAAGCGCCCCACCACUGCUGUCGACGCACGCUCGGCGAUACAGCAGAUCAACAACCUUGCUCAGAUGAGCGACGAGAAGCUCAGCGAUUACCAUGGUCGCACCGCCAGCCUCUUGCGGAAGGUGAAGGGAGAAGACAACGCCAACGCCACCGGUGUCGGAGCAUCAAUGUUAAUGAUGACCAUUGACGCAUUCCUCAAGGGCUUGCAUAAUCCGGAGCUCCGACUGAUCCUGUCGAGGGAAUCACCAUCUACCCUGCAAGCAGCACUGGAGAAAGCCGAAGCAGCACAGCGUCAGAUGGAGGUAGAAGCACGAUUGAAGCGCGAACAGCAGACUCUGAAGGACAAUGACCAGAUGAAGGAGGCUGUGGCUCGCAUGCUUCAAGGGCAACCAGUGAGUGCAGAACUGAGAGCGAAGAUGCAGGAAAUCACCGGCGUGAAGCCCUUAUCGAAGAGCGUGAACUACGCCGACACCGCAGAGAUUAUUCCACCGCCGCUCUCGUUUUACCCUCCUCAGCAGAACCAGCAAGGGACUUAUCGACAAGCUCCUCAAGCAACACCUCCAUCGCAGUCAGGACAGUGGCGCCAGACGACACCACCAGCUCCGGCUCGACCGACACAGCAGCCAUGGCAACAGCCAUGGAACCAGCCGAACCAGCAACAGCAACAGCAGCAACCACAACGCAGCGAGAUGACCGGCGAGGAGCUGAUAAGCAACGUAACCAUCGUAACGUUGGCAGCGCAUGUUAAUCAUGCAGAGAUCGAGCAGACUAAAGCUAAGGCAGAAGCGUUUGACCUCGCUGGCCACAAGCGUCGCCGUAAUAAGAACGAUAAAGGCGAGGAUCGCUCGGCACCACGUGUAAAGUUCUGCCAGCUAUCUACUCACUUCCGCGACGAGAUGAAGAGACUGGUCAGCCAACCACGACUAAGAGGUCCAAAAGAAAAGGACCCAGCCGCGUUUGACACCGAGGCCUUCAAAAAGGCAAUGCAGGGAAUGGUGAAGAACCUCCAGGCUCAACAGCAGCAGCAGGCUCAACAGCCGACGACUAACCGACCAGUCAUACCAACCCGCACCGCGCGAACGACCACUGCACCGACCGUUCAGCCGACCACCGUGCCAGCCGCGCGAGCAACCCUAACCACCACACCGGUACCGCAAACGACCACCACGCCAGCCGCACAGAGCGGAAUAUUCCCAACCGCCGGUGAUCCGAAGGCAGCACCACCGCUUCCGGUUAUACGAGACACCGAGAUGGACGAUCUCCUCGUAGACAUGAACUCAGCAGACGCCAUGGCCAUCAGCGCUGAGAUACUCGCAAGCAUCACAAACUGGAAACAACGCGAUACAGCGAACCGAGCCUUCGGCAUCCCCGUGACGAUAUCAUCGCGAGGAAGACAAGCAGUCGUGCCACGCAAUCAAGUCGCUGCUGACCAAGGAGCGAAUGUCGAAGGAAUCAAGCGUUCCGUGUGGGCGUUCGCUUGCCCAACCGAGAAGGGCAACCUAUCAUUGCUGCUCGGACUUCCGUUCCUCAACGACGUAAACGCAGUGAUUGGCAUCCGAGAAGGCACUAUUACCAUCGGUGACCCUGAACUGAGUGAGCAACCGAUCACGCUGAAAACACCAGCGAUCCCUUCCACCGCCCAGAGCGUCAGCUUUAAUGCACAACAACUGGAGCAGAUGCUGGAAGCAGCGGCCAACGUGUCUGACGGCGAGAGCGAUGAGGAAGAAGAACAAGACGACGGAGACGACGACGCCGAAUACUCCGCUGAAGACGACGCCACAGAGUCCGAUGGAGAGUCAGUCGACGAGGAUUUUCAUCCAGUAAUGCCGGAGAGCGAGAGACAUGAAGUGCUGUCAACACUAUGGACAUAUCGCCACCUUGGAUCCGAAGGAGUCAUGGACAUGGGCCCACCGACCGACCUCAUUCAACACCGCACACGCAUCAAACCAGGCACACCGAUAUACAGAGCUCGCGUCAAGAAGCUGUUAACCGAGAAGGAAUGGCACCUCCGGAAUCUCGCGAUCGCCGGACUUGAGACUGGAGUCUACGAAUACUGUGUCGUCGCCAAUGGAGAGCUCUCACGAUGGGGAGCGAACGCUGUACUAGUGACCAAGCCAGGUGAAGCUGUACCUCGAUUGACCUUCAACUAUCACUACGUCCAUGAGGAGCCCGCUGGCUCGCAGAUGACACUAAUGCAACAGAAUCACGACUUCCUCUUACGACUAACGCAUCAGGUCUAUUCGUCCUUCGACCUGAAGAACGGAUACUAG